AUGGCCGGUGGUGGGACAGGAGAUAACGAAGGCAGUACUGGAUUUCUUUUCUACUGGAAGCUUCUUAAACAGAUUAAUAGCACAAUUGACGGUUAUCCCCAAGAGACUUUCAGUCGAUGGGUUGAGGAGUGUAUCAGUUCACCUUCCUUUUCGGUGGGGAUGAACGGAAAGCCACAUGGAUAUUUUGCGGGUGCCAGAGGGCUUCGACAGGGCGACCCCUUAUCACCAUAUCUCUUCGUCCUUGUGAUGGAGGUUCUACAUAUGGGAAUACUACAGCUUUGGAAGUGUGACGAUCUUAGAAUCUUCCAACUGGGGUUUGCUGAUGACUUACUCCUAUUCUGCCGGGCCAAUACUGCAUCUGUUCGUGUCUUCAAAUCUGGAUUAGAUAGAUUUGCUAAUUGGUUGGGGUUACGCCUCAAUGUUGAAAAAAGCCACAUCAUCAUAUCCCGAUCAGCCCAGAAUAUACGAGAGGAGCUCAUAUCCCGAUCAGCCCAGAAUAUACGAGAGGAGCUACUUGCGGUGUUGGGGUUUCAGGAAGGCCACUUAUCGAUGAGGUAUCUGGGUCUACCAUUGAUCCCUUCUCGAUUAUCUAUCGCCGACUGCCAACCAUUAUUGAGUAAGAUCGAUACACGGAUCAAUGGUUGGGAGGGAUUGGCACUGUCAUAUGCCGGCAGGGUACAAAUCAUUAAGUCUGUUCUUGUGGCUAUGGGUGUUUAUUGGGCUUCAGCAUUUAUUUUGCCAAAAGGGGUCAUUAAAAACAUUGAGAAGCGAUUGCGAGCCUUCCUAUGGAGAGUCAUCCGAUGUGAUAGGACUUCUAUUUGGGUCGAGUGGCUGCGGCAUGGCAGACUACGAGAUGAUUCGGUAUGGACUAUCCCGGAGAAUCGUGGACCAUGGGGAUGGAGAAAAAUGUUGAGGUUGAGAGGCUGGUUACGCUCAGUGGUGGAAUAUCGCAUUGGUGAUGGAAGUGAUUUUUUCUUAUGGAAGGAUCCCUGGCAUCACCUUGGGCCCCUCCUUGACAGACUUCCGCGGGGACCCAACAGUCUGGGAUUGCAUGAGUCUACCAUGCUAAGCUCGGUUAUCUGUGAGGGUCAUUGGCACUGGCCAUUGAUCAUGGACAUGGAAUGCGUGGAGAUUACAGACGUGCUGCCUCGGAUCCAUGGGGGUACAGAUCGUAUUAUAUGGAAACGCUCGAGUGGGAAACCCACCACCCAGGAGUUCUAUCGGGCUAUGAUACUAGCAGGACCGAAAGUAGAUUUAGUAGAAGAUGCCUCAGUAGUAUUCGGCGCAUUGUACGAUUCCAGUGGCCUAAUCGGGAUUGGGUCAGUGAUGUUGAAUGGGGUGCAAGAAAAUGGCGUGGGAAGCACAUCAUCAAUAUAUCCUACCAAUGCCUGCUUGGAUCGUGUGUAUAUCAUAUUUGGAGGGAGAGAAAUCUGA